AUGGACUCGGAUGAUUACAGCGAUGAGAGCCCACCGCAGCCGUCACGCCAAAUGCCCCGGCGGGCAGCCAAGCUCAAGGAUCCCGUCCGCAUCACUCGAUCCUCAGCCGCUGACGCACAGCUGUCGUCUGCCGAAAGAGUCUUGAUUAGCGAUACCUCCGACGACGACGACGACGACGAUGAUGAUGAUGACGACCAAGCAGACGAGUUUUCCAUCUCACACAGUGGACGAAAGCGCAAGACGUCGUCACAAUUGCUCACUGCUGCUGCCAAGCGGCCACGCCGAACGCAGGGAUCAAAUCAAUCAGAACCAUCCCGCCGUAGCGGCCGCCCAAAGUCUCAGACUUCACCGCGCCAAAAAGUAUCACAGAAGGAUGUAGAUGGUGCUGGCGGGUCUGAUAAACUUGUUCUUGAGGGCGACUGGCAAAGUCUGCCUGAAUUGAUCUGGGACAACAUUUUCGAAUUCGUCGCUGCCCCGAUUGGUAAUCUAGCAGCUCAUCAAGACGCUGUCAGUGCUGCUGUCCUUACGUUGUGCAAUGCAACCAGAGCGUCGAAAAUUCUGGUUGAGCCUGCCCUCAGAGCCCGUUACAAAUGUGUCCACCUCCAGACAUUUGGCGCAGCGCAACAUAUCAGUGCGACGCUAGGGAUGAGUCACGAGCAAACGGUAUUUCGAAUGAAAUACCGUUCCAAGAUCGAGACGUUGCGAAUCGAAGUCGGAGAGACACUUGGUAAGAGAGUCCAAGGACAAUACAUCAAUUUGUGGGAACUCAUUCGCUUCUUGCCUCGGCUCAUGGACGUUGAGUUGUACCAUCACCUCGACCUUGCCUACAAGAGAGAUGACCUCGAGGCAAACGUGCGCUGGAAGUACACCCCCGAACUAUUCGAGGCUCUCGAAUUUGUACCCGACGAGAGCGAAACUGGCGCCUAUGCCAAGAAGGCACCCACAGAACUGAGAAGCUGGAUGUGGAGUUCACGAUUGGCUGGCGAAUUGUGCUCACUGGACAAUAUGGCCUCUAUACACCAAAGGCCAAGCUUUUCCACUUUGCGCAAGCUUACCUUUCUCAACUACCAGGUGCCCUCCUUGGGUACAAAGGUCUCCGACGAUGCAGCGCUAGCCUUGGAUCUUCCAGACAUACAAAAAUUGGCGUCGGCCGUCUGCUUGUUACCACAACUUCAGCAUCUGGCAUUCAAGUCUUCGACCAUCGUUAAUGGUUACCUUUUCGGUCUCUUGCCCAAAUCCUUGAGGCAUCUUGAACUUCACGAUUGCUACGACGUCACAGCUGAGGCUCUUAGAGAGUUCCUUCUGAGCCAUGGUCAUCACAUGCAGCAGCUCACCCUGGAUCAUUGUCGCGCCCUCAGCCUGGACUUUCUCAAUGUACUACGAGAUGCGUGCCCCAGUCUGACUUGUUUGAGUAUGGAUCUCCGCUAUUUCCGCUACAUUGAAAGCUACCCGGACAACAGCCCGGACUACGAAGAACUAUUGUGCUCAAAAUUACCCCCUACAUGGCCGCGUACACUCCAGUGCCUGAACCUACAGUAUAUGCGUUUCGAGGAUUCCACUGCAAUGGAAUCAGCUACGACACUUCUAAAAAGUUUGAUAGACAGUGCUUCCGCAUUGCCUGAUCUGCGUUAUUUGGCUUUGAAGGCCUCGAUUAAUGUGUCGAGGAGCGAACGCUCCAAGUUUCGCCAAACAUGGGCCUCCAGGGUAGAAAAGGUCUUCCAAAGAGAAUCACCAGAGCCUAAGAAGACACCCCACCGGACUUUUACUAUUCCCAUUCAAACUGUUAAUAUGAAUGGUAGACACGGCAGUCCAGUGACUCCAGCUCGGCGUAGCACCCGUAUCGCAGAUCGCCCACCGUCGCCAACGCCAACGACACCAGGGGAUGGCUUUGGUACACCUAGCCAGCGCGAGGAAAAGUUAGUGCGGCGUAUGAAGAAGGAAAGCAGGAGAUUACGAGUUUCCAGUAAGGGCUAUCACGCUGACAAUGAGGAAAGUGAAGAUGAGCUGUCGGCAAGUGGAUCUGGAUUUACGCAAGCAUCACCGAUGUUCAAGCAACGACUUUGCGAUGUUGUUGACAUUCAGAUUGAUAAUCAAAAGAUCACGGAGCAUCACUACACGGAGAACGAUUUUCUCGAUUCUCCUCCCGACGACGAUGAUGAUGAGGAAUAUAAGGAUUGA